AUGGCACUUGCUGCGCUCGUUAGACUAGCUCUAUGGUUUUUCGGCUCGUUCCUGGAGCUCGCCAUCUUGGUGCUCUUCCGUGGUCUGGCCCUCCUCCUCGUCGCCUCCGUAGACCUGGUCAGGCUGCCGGGGCAGGCGGCCGACGCGGCGCUCGAGGCCACCAAGGGCGCCAUCGAAGCGGCGGCCGAGUUCGCCUUCGGCCUAGUCUGGGAGGUGGCGGUGGCCGUCGUGUCGGCGUUUCUUGAGUCCCUAUGGAGCGUCGUGGCCGGCGCAGCGGAGCUCGCGUCGUCAGCAGUCGGGGAGCUCAUGGAAGCAGCGCGGGACGGCAGCGAGGAGGCGGCGAAGGCUCUGGCGGAGGCGCUUGAGGGCGCGGCGGAUGCGGUGGCCGGCACGCUGGUGAAGCUAGGGGAAAACUACAUGGAUUCUCUCGUGCACGUCUUGCAAAAUCUCAUCUGA